AGUUUCGCAAAUCCGGCGGAAAAACAGAGCAAUUUGUUGGGAUAUUUUCAACGCAUAAAUAUCUAUCUACACCCUACGGCUGAAGACAAGCUAUGUUUAUGCUAUGCUUUUCCUUCUGUACAGAGGGAGAAAAAACAUCACCACCAUGGCCAUGCCGAAUGGCGAUGAAGAAUAUCAGAGCUCAGGGAAAAGGCAGAAAUGCUCCAGAGAUGAUGAAGAAGAGGAGGAAGGUGAUGAAGGCGAAGAGAGCGAGCUUCCGUUGAAGCCCGGACUCAUGUACUACCCAACUACUCCUUGUUCUUUCGUUGUAUCCGAUGCUCUUGAGCCCGAUUUCCCAAUAAUUUACGUCAACAAGGUCUUCGAGAUCUUUACGGGAUAUCGCGCGGACGAGGUCCUCGGUAGGAACUGGUGAGUCAGGAUUCUGGGUUGCUCUUCCAUACUUAUCUUCUUUUGUUUCUGUUUGGCUGUUAUGAAACUGAUAUAAAAAUGCUGCAAAACAGAAUUUGGAUGCACUUUUAACAAAAAAAUAUUUAUUAAUUGCAAUUGAGAUAUUGUGUUUUAGGUUCUCAUAGAUUCUAGAAGAUAGGAAGUCAAUACUUUUCAGACAAUGGUUCAUAGGGUUUCGGUGUCGUAGGUAAGAGGAGUGAGAUUUCAAAUUAGUCUUUCUGAUGUUUAGAAGCUGGAUCUGUUGAUCUGUUUGUUGGCUGUAUGAGGGUUUAAUGUUGGUAGAAAUUUUGAAUUUAUUCUGUUAAUACAUUAAAAGUGCCUAG